UGACGACCAUUGAAGAAGACAAGCCUGCCGCUGCUAUGGCACGCCUCACGACCCCUUAUUAUCGGUUAUCCUACGCCGAGCGAAAUUAAAACAAAUACGUUUUCGAACUUUUAUUAUUGAGUUCCUUGAAUUGAAAGCUGCGUCAAGUUCGGCGAAACGACGGCCGCGGGCACGGAAUACGAAAGCGGAAGAACUUUCCGUGAGCGUAACGUUCGUGCGGCGGCGCAGCGGUUAGUUAGCUCAAGUAGUUAGCCGGCGGUAUCGCGUCGCACGGGAGCAGCUAGCAGGCUAGCUCGCUGUCAUGCCGGGAGUUUCUCGAGAUUUUACUGCGUACACGAGAACACCUCGCAGCUAGUUCGCCUCCAGACAGCCCAGCAGCGGGUUCGCUCCACCCCCCCACCGAGGCGCAGGCAGGGCGGACUGGACUUGGAGCAGUGACAGGUCUGAACUAACGGCGGAGGGCUUUUUCCUCCGGGGGGGACCGGUGCUUUUCAACCGUCGGCUCGCUCACACGUCCGAGACUUUCUGAGGAUAUGAGCGCGAGCUCGCCACACUGGAGUUCCUACUAAACGGUCGUGGAGCUGUAACGACACCAACGCUUUAACAUCUGAUAUCUCAAAAGGAGUGUCAAGCGUUCUCUUUGCCCCCACCCCUCCACCACUCUCGCCCCCCCCCCCAAAAGACACCCGUCUACACUGCAGAAAUGCUGACAGACAGCAGGAAGCGACACCGAAGCUGUGGCAGUGAGGAGGACCAACAGCUGAGUUCUCAGGCCAAGAGGUCAGGAGGAGGUCCCAGCCUGCUCCUGUCGGAUUUGGAUUCCGAGUCUUCCAGCAGCGACAGCAGUAAUGGCAUCAGUAGUCCAGAGAGAGCGAUAGUGGCCACCACCAGGCCAUGCAUACACAGCCAGAAGAACUGCAUCACCCAGUGCUCCCUCAGCCCAAAGCCUGAAGACUCUGGUAGCUCCUUGCAGCAUGGUUUCCAUGGUGAUGGCAGCAGUGUCUCUUACGACGACAUCAACAGAGUGCUGAGGGAGGCGCACUUCAGUAGUCUGCAGACCAGAGAGCGUCCAGGCUCAACAUGACCGUGACCUCUAAGCCCUAUGCUGACCUUUUGUCCCUUCGCCCAUCAGUGGUGACACUACUGGCACGGUGGCGCCUCCUUGAACGCCUCAAGGAACCCAUUUGGGUCAGAGGGAAAGGGGAUGAUUUGUGGGGAGGUUUACAGAUUCUGGGCACAAUGGCUCAUCCCCACUUCACCAUGUACCAUUUGUCAAGACCAUAAGCACAUCUGCUUUCCCAUGGCCUGGCCACUGUGGUUGUCUGUGCAGUGUUGAUGUGUGUGUGUGUGUGUGUGUGUGCACGCACCCUGUGCACUUUAUAAAGAGAAGUCAUGCUCUCUACACGCGUGCGUUGAUGCGUGGACAUUGUUAUUUGUGCUAAUCUCAAGAAACGUGUGAUGAUCCAAAGUGCUUGCGAAACUAAAUAAAGCGAAGCACUUUACUCAAUAACUCCUCCCUCUGUUUACUUGGACCGGGGAGGUCAGCCGCAUGUUUGUGUCUGAAGCGGGAGAGACGUUCGCCAUCCCAUUCACAAAGGAAGUUCAUGUAGGCCGUAGGAUUCACUCCCAAGGAGCAUUAUUAAAACAAUUCAGUAAAAUAUCAUUUCAGCCGUCUUUGUUUUCUCUAACCAAAAUGAAGAUUAAAUUAUAGUGCUUUUGGAGUUUAUUUUGCUCUGAGUCUUAAGAGGUUUUGGUGUGGCAGUUCAGUGGCUUCAAGGUAACGGAAAAGAGAUUCUUCAUGAGCCUCACCACCAAAAUCCAACCUCAGAUUAGAUCCUGGCUAAUUCUAGAGCUGAGAGCGGGCGGUGUAAUGCCCAGCGCCUCACACAGCCUCAAGAGAGCGCUCUGAAACCAGUUUGUAACUACGUGUUUACAUUUACACAUUGUGGGUGUGUGUGUGUAUGCGUCAUACGCCUAUCAGCCGUACUUGGUUCUGUAUGGUUCAAUAUGACCAGUACACUGUUGCAAAAAUAAAAAAAGAUGUGAAAGUGA